UGCGCAUGCAAAGAGGUCAUCGCAAAAUAUGGCGGAAAUCUGAGGAAGGUGUGUGUUAAUGUGCGUUGUUUUCGUGGAAAAGAGCCCUAUGCAGGGCGUGAGUAAAUCAUAAUGUUGGUGAAUUUGGUUUUAUAGUGGCCGUUAAACACCCUGUAUAAAAAAGUUUUGCGAAAACCUGACGAACUAUACCAGAACCGAGGUUUUGUUUUGUGACAGUUGGACCAGCACAGUAUGUCAUCAACGACUAGAGUGACAAGCAGUAUCAGUAGCACAACCGCGUCAUCAUUGGCGGCAAGUUUAGUGGCGAACGCGACCAUGGCCACUUCGGUACCAGAAAAUGUGCAUUCAGCUCCCUCGGAACCCAUUUUUCUUCAGACGAAGCUGGCCCAAGGCAUCGCCGGCGUGUUCGUGUGGGCUGCUUUGUUUGUCACUUGUACACAGAUCUACCAUCACUUGCGAUGGUACACCAACCCGACUGAGCAGAGAUGGAUAGUUAGAAUCUUAUUCAUAGUACCAAUAUACGCAACGUACUCAUGGAUCAGUCUUUUGUUCUUCAAUUCAGAGAGCUACUACGUAUAUUUUUUCACCGUCCGCGAUUGUUACGAAGCUUUCGUCAUAUACAAUUUCCUAUCGCUCUGCUACGAAUACCUGGGAGGUGAAGGCAACAUCAUGUCAGAAAUCCGCGGCAAACCGAUCCGUUCGAGUUGCCUUUAUGGUACCUGUUGUUUGAACGGCAAAACGUACACGAUCGGUUUCCUCAGGUUCUGUAAACAGGCGACUUUGCAGUUUUGUCUCGUUAAACCCUUGAUGGCUUUCGUGAUUAUAUUCCUGCAAGCGUUCGGACAUUACCGCGACGGAGACUGGAGUCCAGACGGAGGCUACAUUUACAUCACCAUUAUUUAUAACAUUUCCGUGUCUCUUGCCCUUUAUGGAUUGUUCUUGUUUUAUUUUGCCACCAGGGAUCUUUUGACGCCUUUCGAACCCGUCUUGAAGUUCUGUACAGUCAAAUCUGUGAUUUUCUUGUCGUUUUGGCAAGGUGUUGGCUUAGCCAUCUUGGAAAAGGCCAACGUGAUCUCGCCCAUUAUCGACAACAGCGGUACACGAACGUCGGCCGGUACGGUUUCAGCUGGUUAUCAGAACUUUUUGAUUUGUAUUGAAAUGUUUUGCGCCGCUAUCGCUCUAAGAUACGCUUUUCCGUACCGAGUUUAUGCCCAGGGAUGUGUUACCGAUUCGCGUGGACGAUCUGUUACAAUGCAGAGUAUUUCAAGUAGUCUUAAAGAAACUAUGAAUCCCAAAGAUAUCAUGACGGAUGCGAUUCACAAUUUCCAUCCACAGUACCAGCAGUACACGCAGUAUAGUUCAGGUGGGAAAAAUGGGCGCGGCAUGCGGCUGUCCACGUACGAUCCGGACGACCCCAUGAGCCCCAGCGGCGGGACCGUCCCGCAGUGCUAUAACAGUCUAGAUAACCCAUCUCGACCACCCAUCUCCGCAGGACCACGCGUUUCGACAAUUUCGCAGAAUUAUACGGAAAAGACCAUGCUGCUGAGCUCCGACGAAGACAACUAAUCAUACUAUCAACUACUAGCGAAUUUUUUUGUUCUGACAAGUGAAGAUGAUAUUUUUGUACAAUAGAGUAGCUGUUACAUUCCUUUGACCGCCACGGAUCAGUAUAUUAUUGUUACAUGUACUUAAAAUACUGCAUAUAAUCGAAUUAGUAUGUAUGUGAUGAGCAUUUUCUCCACUUUCAACUUGUCUGUAUCGUUUCGGUGAUUAAGCUGUGCAAUGUAUUUUAACGACAGAAUCAAAAAUGUUCUUAUUCAGAGUAAAUUAUUUUUCAGUUUGUUGUUUUAUCGUUUUCAAUGAGGUUGUUAAAUGUUUUAUUCCGAAAAAUGAUAAUAAAUUAUACUGUUGUA